AUGGCCCCGGAGCAUCCGGAUAUUUGCGCCAAUGCGGAUAUCUGGCUGCUUUUUCCAGGGAAACAACCAUCCGCAUCCGCUGGCGGAUAUCCCCCUGCCUUAGCGGGUAUCCGAGCGGGUAUCUUUGGAUACCCACCCCUUAAAGCAAGGGCGGUUGGAGGGGGCGGCCAAAGAUUAACUGGAAGGAACGGGGACCACCCGUUUGGCCUGAGUCGUCAGACAGAUCCGGCACAUCUUCAAAAAGUAAACCGCAAUAUCAAGAUUGUUCUGAUUUUAGUAGGCUUGAUCAUGUUUGCAGAAGAGCUCAAAUACAGUGCUCUAUUGGCACCUUACCUGGCCGAUCCAGAGAACCUGUUUGUGGUUUCCAGCGUUUUGUCAUUGGGGGGACACGAUUUUCAUACCUAUUACCAAGAUCCACAUUUGAUUGAGCUGGCCAAACAACUGAGUCCAGGCUCUCCAUUGCCGGAAUAUCCAAUCCACCAGUCAAUUGAGAAUCUUUACAAAGAGGCCAUCACAGCCAUUUCUCUUCAGGAUCCCAAACAGGCUCACAAGACAUUCAAAAGCUAUCUCAAACGGAAAAAGAACACAAUCGGUAGUCGCCAUCCUAUCAGCGUCCUCUUAGGCUCCAUGAUCAAGCUCCAGCAGACUUGCUUGACUCCUCCUCCACAUGAACAACAGUUACAGCUUGUUUGCUAUGAACAGUCUAGUCCAUGUUUCACUGUCAGGGAUAGUAGUGUCAGCUAUGUCAGUGCUUUUUUAAGACACAAAGUCAAGCCUGCUCUUGCUCAGCGCCAAAGACUUCCAUCUUGUCCUGGGUGCGGCGGCAAAGUUUGGGGGCCGGUGGAGCAGGGAGAUCGUGAUUUGAAGAGUGCCCAAGAUUGA